AGCAGCCAGUCUGUACAAGCGAUGGCUACCACCGCAGACAUCGGUCUCUUCUCUCCCUGGGAUUAUGUUGUGUUUGCGGCUGUUCUGUUUAUUUCUGCAGCUAUUGGAAUCUAUUAUGCCUUUGAGGGGCGAGGAAAGACCACUUCACAAGAAUUCCUAACAGGAGGAAGGAGUAUGACAGCAGUGCCAGUGGCUUUGUCCCUCACUGCCAGCUUCAUGUCUGCAGUGACUAUCCUGGGAACUCCAGCUGAUGUCUACCGCUAUGGAGCAAUGUAUAGCAUCUUUGGUAUAUCUUAUGGAUUAGUAGUUCUUAUUUGUGCAGAAAUAUUCCUUCCAGUUUUUUACAGACUUAAAAUUACAAGCACCUAUGAGUAUUUAGAACUUCGCUUCAACAAAACUGUGCGAAUCUUGGGAACAGGCAUCUUUAUCAUUGAAAUGGUGUUAUACACUGGUAUUGUGAUCUAUGCACCUGCACUGGCUCUGAAUCAAGUUUCAGGUUUUAACCUUUGGGGAGCAAUGAUUUCAACUGGAUUAGUGUGCACAUUCUACUGUUCACUGGGUGGUCUUAAAGCUGUAAUCUGGACAGAUGCAUUCCAGAUAGUUAUUAUGUUGGCAGGAUUCAUAGCUGUCAUUAUAAGAGGUGUGGUGGUGCAAGGUGGGAUCCAGACCAUACUGAAUGAUUCCUAUUAUGGUGGAAGACUAAACUUCUGGGAUUUUGAUCCCAAUCCUAUGCGCAGACACACAUUUUGGACGAUUGUCAUUGGUGGAACAUUUUUGUGGACAGGAAUCUACGGUGUCAAUCAGUCUCAAGUGCAGCGCUACAUAGCUUGCAAGACAAGAUUACAAGCGAAACUGUCUCUGUACUUUAACCUGUUAGGACUAUGGGCAAUCUUGGCCUGUGCAGUGCUUUCAGGCCUCAUUUUAUACUCCGUGUAUAAAGAUUGUGAUCCAUGGACUUCAAAGCGUGUGUCUGCUCCUGAUCAGAUCAUGCCAUACUUAGUGCUACAAAUUCUCCAGAACUACCCAGGAGUGCCUGGCCUGUUUAUAGCAUGUGCUUAUAGUGGCACUUUAAGCACAGUCUCAUCCAGCAUCAAUGCCCUGGCAGCUGUUACAAUGGAGGACCUCAUAAAACCAUACACAAACCUAUCUGAGAAAAAGCUGGCAUGGCUCUCAAAAGGAAUGAGCGCAUUUUAUGGAUUACUGUGUAUAGCAAUGUCAGUAGUUGCUUCAUUUAUGGGAAGUGUGAUUCAGGCAGCUUUAUCUAUAUUUGCCAUGAUUGGAGGUCCUCUUCUUGGACUUUUUUCUCUUGGAAUGUUCUUCCCUUACUGCAAUCCCUUGGGUGCAGUGGUGGGCUUGGUUUCUGGGUUUUCUGUAGCUCUGUGGGUUGGAAUCGGAGCCCAUAUCUAUCCUCCACUUCCUGAGAACAGUAGACCACUUCCACUUUCAACCGAAGGAUGCGAUUUUAUCAUGGAAGAUGCCAACUGGACUUCAACUACAACAUCAACAAUGACUAUAUUGUCUACAUUAUUACAACCCGAUGACAAUGCAAGGCCAGAACUGGCGGAUUAUUGGUAUUCAUUAUCAUACUUGUACUUAAGUGUUUUGGGAACUGUUGUGACUGUGGUCGUUGGGUUAAUUGUAGGCCUCUUUUCUGGAGGACUUAAGCAAAACAUAAAUCAUGACUGCUUAUUUGGAAGACAGGAUUGUGCUCUUCUUGACAUUCUUCGCUGUCUGAAAUCUGGCAAGGAUAGCAACGUUGACAUUUUGGAGUGGAAGUCACACAACGGACAAGGACAUGACAAUCCAGCUUACACCUCAGAUAAUUUAAGUCUAUCACAAAUUAAAUAAAUUUGAAUAGAAAUGUAUUUUAAGUGAUGUUGUUACAAUUGUGCUUUCAUUUUACUGUAAUAUUUAGUAGGUUUGUUGUGUUAUUUGCCAACCAUCAACUCUGUCUAUUCUACUUAUACUCUAUAUUUAAAUUGAAUGAUUAUCUUAUAUGAUA